AUGGAUGAUAACUUUCCAUGCGGUAACUUGUGCUUUAGAUCUGAUGCAGUAGAGAAAGUAGAGCUGUCAGUUAUCUCUGACGAUCCUGUAGUAGCAGCAGAAUCCGCCGAAAUACCAUCGUAUUGCGAUGAAGUUCAACUGCCUAAAGCAGACCCGAGAAACGAAGAGUCCGAGCUGCCGGAGCAAGCUGAUAAACCUGUUCAACUAAUGUUUUCAUGCCCAGGCGACAAACCUCUGUUGACGAAGUCAUGUCGCCCGCAGGAAGAGACAGUUGAGCUGGUGAAUGAGCAUCAGAGAAUGAAAAGGUUGGAAAGGGAAGGAUCGGAUUUUCCAAAAGAGGGCUCACGACAAUGUCGCUUACCACCUUUUGAAGAUGAGCCUAUUCGGAGAUCCAGUCCAUAUCGGUAAGCGGAACCUAUAAUACGGUAACAGAGCAAAUAUGAUUUUGUCGAAGAUUCUGAAAACUUGGCCACUUCACACAUGCGUAUGUGCUCUCUACGACUGCUACUGCAAAUCCCACGGGCCUCCUAAUUUACAUAUAUAAGUUCAUUAUCAUCGUCCCGAAAUAUGCAAGGAAUUUCUUGCACCACUACCAACUACGAAACAAAAAUGAAAAUGAAGUUCGUUCAUUCAGUACAUCAUCCCUUUCAAACAUUCUCUUUCGAAUUAUAACGCAUUGCUUUCGGUACGACUACUUGCAUUUGGCAUUAUCAAUUCACACUUCUUCUCCAGUAGUCAAACAUGAACCUGCCCUUAAGCCAGUGAUAAGUAGGAUCAAAUGAGGUUCAACUUAGUUGAAUCUGGCCUUAAUUUUGUGUUUAUUUUCAUUUGGUCAAUUACCUUUUAGCUUUUUAGAAAAUAUACGACAUUUUUGAAAAACAUGUUUCGACAGUUCCUCUGUCAUCUUUAGUUCUGAUUUAUACAAAUGUCAAAGUUGAAUUUAAAGUGUAUAACAAAAUGCUCAUUGGAAAAAAACAGACAAUAGAAACAGAACAAUGUAUGCAAUUACAAGGAAAGUUUUAAAUUAUCAUGAUAAAGUUGAUGAUUAAGUGAAUAGCUUCUUUGAUUUUAAGUUGGAGAGUCGUGGAAACGUGAUCUAAGAUGCUAAAACACUCAUCAGAACACACAGUGCGACAUUGUUGAGAAUUUUGUAAAUGCCUGAAAACGUCAGAGUUCCUAUCACUGACCAAUUGCUCACGCACACGUGAUAAAUGCCAGGAUUACAGCCUGCACAUAAAAACUUUUUAACCACACACGUACGGAGCCCACGAGGGAUAGAGUAUUUCACAACAAACAUAUUACCUAUUUUUAAAGAUGAAAAAACCAACUUAAUAUCUAUGUUAUUACAAUAACGCCUUGCGAAGUCGCGAACCCUUUUUUAACAGUAACAACAGAAAAAGUGCCAAUGUAAGGUAAUUUGAGGUAAAUAAGUAGUGUCUGAAACUGAAACCAGGGGAUUGCACUCAUUACGGGUCAGCAUGCGGUACCGAUUGACAACCCUUUCAACCAGGUGGGCUGGAAAAAGAUUCUUUUUAAGGAUUUCAGAAAGUUUCAAGAAAUAUCGUGACAUAUCUGCUGCUAUUCAGACCUUUUAGCCCUAACCUUCUAAUGAUGAGGCAACCUUUGAAGCCUGAGCGAGAGCCAUUACCAGGUAUAGCUGCCGCGGCUUGUAGAACUGGCGCUGAUAAGGAUCUGGUCAAGGGGGAUAUUCCUGUUGGUUCUGGUAAGUAAGAUCACAGAAAGUGUUUCAGUACCGGUUCAUGAUAACGUGUCUUAAUUCAUAAUUGGUGAACCUGUUAGAGACGUUUGUUGAUUUAGUUUGUUUCUUUUGAGGGUAACAGAAAAUGCCUUAACUAUUAAUCACAUUUUGGUUUGGGUAUUGAGAGAAAUUUUCGUGAGAAGCUUUCUUGGAUCGCAACUGGCACACUUGUAUAUUUAAUUUUAAAGCCAUGCUCAGCAUAUUGCAUUGUGGAUCUAUACCUCGCAAGGUUUUUGUGGUAAAUGGAAGCAUUUUGGCUCUCCACUGAAUGUGUUGGAAUCAAAACCAGGAAAAUCCCUGCACACGGUUUUUUUAGGUUAACAAAAAAAAGAAAUAUAGUCAUAUCGAGUCCUUACAAAACAUCUUUUUCCUUUGCCACGUGUAUCCAAAGAGUAAAUUAACGGCUUCUCAGACUCUUUGUUCGAGUCCAAGCUCACCAAGAAGGUAAUCUACCAUCUCCUCGUCAAUUUCAUUCUAUUUUUUUCUCAGCGAAGGAAUAUCUUCUUCUUGCAAGCAACAACUAAUCAUAAUUGUAGGGUGAACUCACUAGGCUGUGCAGGAGUGAUCGGCCAUUGCCAGUGAUCUAUAAGAGACCGGAUGCAUGGCUUACCUCAGAUAAGCUAUUUCGUCUCUGCAAACUUGGAAAGGGUCUCGAAAAAAAUCUUGCAUCAGCUAUUUAGCAACCAAAGUAAUAUGAGAAAUUUUUGAAAUCUUCCAAGAUAUCAUCGCACCACGGGGAUUCUGCCAAGGGAAUAUUUCCCUUUUAGAGUUAGUAUGCGCUUUUUUUAAGAUCUCUACGAUCACCAUACCCCAUGCGUUGUGGGCUCAUCGUUAUCUGAGGCGCAAUUAUGUAUGGGCUUAAAUUGGUAACACUGUGUGCGACAAACGGAUAAGAAAAUUUGGGAUGAGGAUCUUUACCGUUCUCUCGAUUUGGAACUUGUCCAGCUGGCGCGGCGCAAUUUCUUCUUUCAUUUUGAAAUAGAAACGGAAAAGGAAAACUUGCCUGAGAAAAUAGCCUGAUCGAAUACAAUUUUAUCUUGAUAAUUUUUGUUUCUGGGUCUAAUUUUAAUAUAUACCGUCUAUUUAUAGAAUCCGAGGACGAACAUGAAGGUAUCGACGACUCAAGUGAUUCAGCUCAACAUCAAAGUAAGUGGAAGAGAGCAUUAAGGAAGACGAAUCCAAUAUAGUUACAUGUAAUUGUGUAGUUUAAUCAUCCAGGUGAGAGUAAUCCUGAAAAGGACUGUUGUCAGUGGUGGUGACUGACGUUUCGAAAAUCUGAGCGGAAGUCAUCAUUUGAAUUAAAUAAUAAUUGUUGUAAGUCGAAUGUGUAUAAACUGAUUGGUCAGUUUUGCCGUGAUAUUAUUGGCUGUAAGAAUCAACUGGCGUUGGUCGGUCGUGAUUGGUCGGUCUUGAUCCGUCGGUAAAGUUAGGUUGUUCUGUUGGGUUCUUUUGUAACGUUAAUGUCGUGAAUGAAUCGCUUGCAUGAUGCCGGUAGUGUUUGACACCUGUUGGGAGGGUCUGUUUUUAGUUGUUAGACCAGCUUUUCAGAGUCAGUCGUUGAAAGUAGUUUGUGCAGUCGGUUACGCAUUGCGUAGAAUCCCAGUCAAUAGUGUGGUUCCUAAGUCGAUGAUGUUCAGCAAUAUGAUUGGUGAUAUCACCUUUCCUCUUCGCUCGCUUGUAUUCAGUCAGUCUUGUUGUGAAAUUUCUGCCAGUCUCUUCGAUGUAAGAGGCGUGGCAAUUGAUCUCAUAAACUGCUCCCUGUCUAUUCCUUGGUUCAUCUUUGUCUUUAACUUUGUCAGUAACUGACGUAGUGUAGAGAUGGGUCUGUGAGCUACGCGGAUAUCGAAGGGUUGUAGGAUGCGCGAGAUGUUCUCAGAUAUGCCUAAGUCGCUUUAGUCAUAGGGGUUACGGUGUCCUUAGCUUCGGUAGUUGUAAUAGGUCGAUGAAUGUUUCGUCGGAUGAAGUCUUCGAUAUAGUUGUUCUUUCAAAAAACACGGUCAAGGUACUUGUUUUCGUCGGAUAAGCUGUCUGUCGUGUUGCAUACUAGUUGCGCUCAUCGCGUUAGAAUCCUGAUAGUUGUGGCUUUUUGUGAUGUCGGGUUUUAAGAUGACUCGUCCAGUAACUUGUCGAUAUGUGUCGGUUUCCUGUAAACUGUCGUUCGUAAUGAAAUAUCAUCAUAGUUCCGGCCAGGAUUAAACUUAAGUCACCGUUGAACACACAGGAGGCCGUCCAGAUCGUCAGAGCCACCUGAAGACGAUUGCUCAAAGCGCGGAUAAAUGAUUGCCACAGAAGACUCAAGCGCUACGAAAACAAACACAACUACACGACGAAUUGAAACAUCUGAUACCUAUUGACUUACUUGACACUGUUACGACUAUUGCCGACAAACGAGCCAACAAGACGACUGAAUGUUCCCAUACUGGACAUCAACAGGCGACUUUGUCUCGGCAACGGGAGCUAUCUGAACCGACUAAGGAUAACAUCAGAAGUAGAAUUGCUUCCACCGUACAAUCAGCGUCACUACAUGACAGCAACUUGACUAAAGACCAACGAGAUGCACUGAAACGACUAAAAAACAAUGAUAAAUGGAAUUUAAACUGUGGUUGGUUUUGAACUGAAGAUGUUCAUACUUGUGAAUCAUUCUUACUUAAGUAUGACUGUUUUACAGAAACUGAAGAGGAACUCGAUGAUGCUCUGCGUAAAGGAGAUUUCGACGAUAUUAACCAGAAAGUGACUCCAGAAACCCUAUCACGCUGUAAAAGUAAUACCUUACUCAAAGCUUUUCAGGUUGGUAUUAUAGCUUGAUCUUAACAUAUUUUACCGACACAUGUUGGUAAUUAUCUAAACAUAUUUUACCGACACACGCGCUCGUCAGACGGAACAAAGUUCCGUCUGACGAGCGCUUAGGCGCGAAACUCAGAGUCACAGAGAAUAUAUAUAUAUAUAUAUAUAUAUAUAUAUAUAUUCCUAAUCAUUUGCCGACCUGAAUUAUCAUCUCUUAACAAACGUACUGAAUUCGUGUCUUCAUGCCGUCACAGAGACAAAGCGUUGCCGCGUAAUAGCUGAAAAAAACAUCUAAAGUUACCGCCACAUUUGUUAUGCAAAUUUUAUCAUAUAACUACGAUGGUUACAAUAUUGCCAUUAAAAUCCCCCAAAGAGUGAUCUAAUCACGAAACAGGCUUGUCAAGAAAAAGCGUACUCUCUUUCUUUUUCCCUAACUUAAUUCAUAUAUAUACAUAGUGGAUCCUCACCAGUUUAUCUAGUUCGAGUCCUCUGGCAUGGCUUGGAUGAUACCAAAAUCGUGGGAUCAUUCGGGGUAGCUUAGUGCCUACACCUCCUUCCUAGCAAAUUAAUGUUUGGACGGAAGCUGCGCGGUAUAUUCCCGGAAGUGAAAAGAAAAACAGAUUAUCCGGACGACGACAAAAUACAGAAGCGUGACAGAGAGUAAAAAGACAAUAUGAAGACAUCCGCUGGCAAAAGAAGACGCACAUCGUUGAAAAGAACGAAAAGAACGGCUUAAAGCCUAUAUAUGAUCCAGUUCCGAUGGUUGUCACUGGGAUCAAAGGGGAUAUGCUCACUGCUAAGAGCAGGAGAAGGAUUCGACGAAGAAACUACGCCCAAUGGUAACUUCUUAAAAACGGGUGCAGGCAACUCAUUGCACGUGGCGAGUCAGAUGACGAGGAAGUGUUCGAUACGGAUGUACCCCCUGGCUAAAUGUUUUGGCAGUUUUCCGGCUAACGAUUUUAAACCACACUGAGACCCUAAUAUUGCAUGCAUGUAGCCGCGUAAACCGUGCGACACAAUCAAUGACACUAACAAAUGAAGCUCAAUAAAGUAUUGGUUAUCGAGACUUUGUUGUAAAAACUCUCUUGUCAUUCUCAACAACUUGAGGCUGGGAGGAGUUCAGAAACAUUAUCAAUGAUUUUAAUAGAGCCGUUUGAUUAACGUAAUAACUGUAAUUUAUUUUCUCCCACAGGUCAACAAAGCACUCCGAGAUUUAGCACAUGAUGCAAACUCGGAAAAAGAUGAUCUAGAGAUGCUGGAAAAAUCUAUAGAUGAGUUCACAUCAGCCUUGAUAGACCCUCUAAAAGCUGACCCCGACACCAGAAAAACAUUUCAAAGUUGUUUUGACUAUGUGAUUGGCAAGGCAAUCGACACAGAGCAGAAGAAGGUACAACACAAAUAAUAAAAAAAAGUUUCUAGUUAAUUUAUUAUACUCUACCCCCAUAGAAGAUUCUAGCGGGAAAGCUGCUGUAUAUCUAGGCAACUUGGUGACCAAAGCUCAAUAUAAUACCAUUCCAAAAAACAGAACGUCAUUUCAACGUCAUCCAUUGAAUUAACAGAGAAGCAGAAGAACUCCAGUGAAUACAACAUCCCAUGAGUUUGAGAGAGAUUUGUUGGAAGUUAAAUUUUUGAAGAAAAUUUGGGGUUUAAUCCCUGGGAUUUGAUGUGAGAGCUCUCGAAUCCCAAAUAUUAGGCGGGAGCCCAAACCACUUAAGGCUCUUGAAUAAAUUUUGAUAAACUAACAAUCUGAGAAAGUUAGAAAACAAACAAUCUGAGAAAUUUUGAAAGAAAUCGGUGAGAUGGCAUUCGUCAUGCCUACCCGGUUCUCUCGCAGACAGACUCUUAGCUGUUCUGACCUGCCGCGUUGCUUGACGUUGUAGAUGGUUUGAUCAAUAAAUGACGUGGUGCAAAAGUUAAAGAUUAAGAUUCUCUACAAUUCUCACCCUUGCUCGGGUAACUUGAUAGUUUUCCUACAUGCACAUUUCCCGAAUAGAUGUUACCAUGGGUCUGUUCUGUAACAGAUCAGAAGUGACGUCAAAAGUGGUAAGGACAAAAAAGUGCGGCACCAGGUGCACCCGAGUGUGUCACCGUUUUUUCGCGACGAUAUUAAAAAAAAAGAUUUAGUGUGACAUGAAACUCUCCUGUGAUAAAUCAUAUGUAAGAACUAAAGCAAAUUUUCAACUUGUUGCGUAAAGUAAUAUAAUGACGAUUUUUUUCGCAGUUCCUCUCUCAUCCGGUGGUGUAUAACUUGCUCAUCACUAAAUGGUACGGCUCCUUUUUCGAAAUGCGAAAAAAUUCAUGGUGGUCACGUAGACGCUGGGGAUACUUUUUUCUCAACCUUUGGACAGUGUUUGACAUCGUCUUAUUUCCCUUCCUCUUCGCCAUUUUCUUCGUUGUGCAUUUGAUAAAACAGGUCUUGAGGAAAGGAAGAGGUUUGUGAUAUAGUUUUUUAAAUGUCAUUUAAGUUGUUGACAUUUUACAGUAGAUGAUAAUGCGUUUUUACUUCGCUUAGCAAGCUCUUUGGUAAUCAAGGUUUGAGCCUGGAGGAGGGAAGGGUGAUAGCAUUGACGUAUCUUACUCCUGCCUCUUUAAAACUGCGUUACCACGUCAGUUUAGUCCUCCCAACUGACACAACACAGGAGUUCUAGCUGCAGCAAUGAAACGUUAAACUCUGUAAUUUAUGAAACAUUAUUAUUGAUCGCUAUCAAUUCCUCGCCAUGAUUUGUUGCGAGACCUUUCAAGCAUUACUUAAAAAAGUUCACCUUAAGUCAUCAAUUCGGCUUGAGUUCAAAAUUUUUAUUUAACAUGAGUUUUGGCCAAUUAUCAUUUAAGAGGGCUAGUUAUUUGUAUUUAUUUCCAUUGUGAGAUAAAGUUAAAAUUGGUCAGGGAUUAUUUGUAGGCCACCUAUUUAUUCCCAUUAGAUCAUAAAAGUCAUAGGAAUUGUUGUGACCGUUAUGUCGCCACUGGAACCAAGUCUUGAGAUUAGAUACCAUCAGCAACUAGGGAGUUGUUUAGAUGCAUAGUGUUUGUUGAUUUAUGUUUUUUUAACUCAUUGGUUUGAUGGGAUAGCAUCUUAUGCUUUCCUUAACUUGCAGAAACUGAAAUGUGUUUUGUUUUGACGCUGGACAAAGAUACGCUAAAAGAAGAAUUUGAUCUGAUCAAGAACACGAUGAGCUACAUCGUUCAGGAAUAUGGCUGCCAAUCAGCCAACUAUUGUGUGAUUUUACGUAAAAACAACGAAUUCAUCAACUUUGAAGAGAGGUGCUCCUAUAAGGCCACACUGAAAAAUAGGAUUUCCGAGUUAGAGCAGCCAAGCUCUCCUGCUCUACUCUUUGAAGAUCUCGAAACCGCUUGUCGUGCAUUCAAAAGCCCAAACGUUCGAAAAGAUGCUAAGAAGGUGAGGUAUAUGCACGCGCGACCGAUGUCCGCUGCUCUUUCGAGUUUGGUGAUUCAGCAAGGAAGAGUGGGUUUACUUUUUAACCAUUAGCUGGUUAUUGGGUCUUGGUAAGGUAACACUUGCGAUUGUAAGUUCGGUGACAGUUCUAUGGAGUAACACUGCAAAGGAAGGAGGAUACCUCCAAAAGUGUACUCACUCGGAACGGUUUUUGCACUCUAUCAUUUUAUUCGACCUGUGUUGCUUGUACUACCUGCAGCCAUAUGAAAAUUCAUAUUCAACUGUGAUUGAUUUCGAUUAUCGCAAGCAGCAUUGAUAUAUGUUUCAGACGGAAACAAUUAUAUUUGGUCUCAUUUUCUUCCUGAAACAUCUCCAGCUAUCAGUUGCGUAGAAAUAUUAAUUUAAUGGCGAGCCAGACAGAGAGAUUAAUAAUUUAGAAAAUACAUACAGGAUUCAAGACGUUCAAGAAAAUCUGCAAUAUAUAGAAGAAUCAGGUAAUGUUACAAGCAAUUGGAUUUUUUACGUCGAAAUUUUCUGGCAGUUCUUUUCUAAAAAAAAGAAAAACUGACGUAGUUUUCAAGAUUGGUGAGUUUCACGGUUCAUAAUUGACCAACAUCGUGAGUUUGGUGUUGAGAAUUACACUAAAUAUCACUUUUAAUCUUAGUUUGAUUUUUCAUCAGGUGGUCGUAUUUUUUCUGAAUUACACAUUGAAUAUGUCAAUGGAAAAAACUGAGAAGUUACAGCGCUUGGAAAAGGAUAUAAAGGAUAUGCAAGUUAACAUCGUUCCCGUCGGUAUUGGGGAGAACGCCAAAUUAUCAGAAUUAAAAAAGAUGGUAACUAAAGAUGGCACAGCACUUCACUUUGGAGAAUACGAGUCACACGAGACGUUAGGGAGAGCUGUCAUACAAGGUAACUUGGAGAGGUUUAACAUUUCCACAUCUCUCAGAAGAAUUAAUUUCCUAUUUUGUGUUGGAAAGAAAAAGAAAGUAUUAAAUCCCGUUGUUACAGCUCGAAUUAAAAAAGAGUUUUUUAUACGGUGAUGUAAUUUAAAGACUCUUACAUCUCCCUCCACUGCGCGGAAGUGUGCUUGGCUUUAUCAUUUCCAUAUUUCACUUUUCUUACAGGCAUCGAGGGAAAGGACAUUUAUGGUGAGGACGAGCCUAUUUGGCGUGUUUGGUAGCUAUAUAUCCAUAGACCGUUAAAGACUUUUUUCCAAUAAUUUUUGAAGAUUGUCAGCGCUCUUCGAGUACCAUUCUAAGCUAGCGUCUCACUCCUUGUCUUUCAGAGAAAUACAAGGAUUACUUUACGACUCCUUAUUUCGUCUUUUUUCGCGACACGCUGAGCUAUAUCACCCUCCUCAUUCUUCACUUCGCUCUUUGCCUUUCUCCUUCAACUGUUUCCUUCAGUCGACUAGAAUUGGUUUUAUCAGUUUUCUUCGUGGGACGCAUUUUUAUGGAGAUUAUGCAGUUUAUCAGUGCUAAAAAGAACGGAGUGAAAUCACACACAGAGAGGCGAAAUAGUGACGGAUACACCUACCGAUUAUGUUCACCUGAGGAUCCACAAGUAAACGAAACAGGAAAUGACAGCAUUUUACGAAAGACUUUCAUUCGUUACUUCAGGUAUUUCAUUUUCUGAUCGAUUUAUUUUACUUUUGGAGAAUAUUAGAUUCACAAACAUGUAGAGGGUAAACUUAGACGCGACCAGUGACCAAAUGAAUUUAACUAACGGAAAAAAAGUUAACCAUCUUGAUUAAGGUAACAAAUUGAGCACUAUUGACUACUUGGGUGUUGCAGCUCACUGUUCAUUGCUUAGAGCUGCAUCAGUCAUGAUAAAGAGCACCAUUUUCAAUGCUUGGGUGCAUCAAUAGGGGCCAGUAUCAAAUAUUUUGGUACGCCAAUACGAGCCCACGCUCACUUUUUUGCCACAGCGAUUGGGAUUACUGCAUAUUAGUUGGGUAGACCAGUAUGUGAACCAGGAGUCGCUCCACUUUUACUUAUUUGGGCACACCGGUAUGAACAUGUUUUGAUUCUUGGUUACACCAUUAUAGGCCAUUGUUAUUUGUAAGGCACACCAAUAUGGGUCGAUACUCCUCUUUUUUAGGUACUCUCAGGUCAUAAAUUGGCUUUUACCCAUGACGAGAUCCUAGACAUUAAAAACGACCGUAUUGCCGAUGGUUCGCAUUGACAAUCUACAUACUAAAUUUAAAGUUUUAAGCUACACGAUAAAUAAGCAAAUUGGUAAACCAACAGUUGAAAUAUUCUAUUUUCAUGGCAAUAACUUAUUUUUUUAAACAUUUUUCUCUGUGAAAAAUGUAACAACACAUAGUGUGCAUGCGUAAACUGAUUCUCUUGCGUGUGAAUGACGUACGAUCUGUACAUUAUGCUCUUCUAACGCAGUUAAUAUCUAUUAUAUUCAUAGCGACCGCUGGAAUGUGCUGGACUUCAUCAUUCUUGUUUUGUACCUAAUUACCUUCAUAUUACGCAUGAUUACAUUAGGAAUCUCCACCGACGUAUCAGAAAACAGACUCUUGGUUGUGUCGGAGUAUUUCUAUGGUUUUAUUGCCAUGUUUCUCACAAUAAGAGCCUUUGGUCAAGUCAUAGAGCGCUUGCGGAAAAUGGGUGCCAUACAAAUCGCCUUAUUUUUCAUCAUCUCUGAUGUCUUGACGAUAUUUUGGCAGUUUUUGGCCAUGAUUCUGGCCUUUGCGCUGCCCAUGACAAAGAUUUAUAUUGCUGAGAAAGCUUAUACCUCAGGAAAAGCUUCCGCGGAUGAUUUGUGAGUACAAAUUGUGAUCUUGCUAAUAAAUCUUCGAACCCAUAAAUAACAUAUUCUAACUUGCUGUCCUUAUUCAUUUCUUACUCUUUUUUCCGGAGCAUGAAUGUUUUUUUUUUAAGUUGGGAAGGGAACCUCAUGUGUGUCUAGGCGCUCAAAGAAAGUGACAUUUGGCUAAGAGCUAAUCAAGUGAGAUUUAAUUUUUGUAUGGAAGUGUAAAAGGACUUUAAAACGACUUACACCAAAGUGCCAGACUUUCUAUGAAAAGCGUUUUUUUUUUUACUAUCUUUGUGACACUUUGUAAAUUUUAACCAUUCCUUUUCUCCUAUUAUUUCAAGGGUAUGCAGUGAACCAGGGAUAAUUUGGUAAGAGUAAGGCUGUUGUUGUUGUUUUUAUUCUAAUUUUUAACAUUAUGUACUGAUCGUAAAUACACAGAAUUACGCGAUAUCUUCGCAAAACUUGAAUUCUGUGUUUAAAAUUCUUCGCAGUCACUUAAAACUUAUGGUUGCGACCUGAAUUUGUGAGGCAAAUGGGCAGCGACCCAUUACAUCAGCUAAGUUUCACUUGCAUGUUUUAAUAUAAUGAAUGGCUGGCUAACCUGUCGUUUCCCUGAGGAAAGGCAAAUUGAGGUCUCGUGAGGGGGUAGGGGAAAAGUGAAAUUGUGAAUUCUGAAAGUGAAUUACGCGUUUUGAAUGCUUUGCAAAUAAUUAUAACUCAUGGUUGCGAGCUGAAAUAAAUUGUGUGGCAAUGGAGGCGGCGACCCAGUACGCCCAGUGCGUCAGCUUAGUUUCAUUUAUGUUAAUAUAUAAACGGCUGGCUAUGUGUUGUUUCCCUUAGGAAAGACAUAAUGCUCUCAGUUGAAAAACUGAAUGAAUGAUUAUUUUAUCUAACUCGUUGCUUUUGAAACUGCUCUCCAGUUGGUGGAACAUGGUAAAGCACCUAAUCUGGUCGUUGCUGGGUUUAGCUGACCUGGAUAGGUUGAACUCCGUCGACAAUCUUUCCGUUUUCCUUGUUCAAGUGCUGUACGGCUUGUUCUUAGUCAUGGCAGUUGUUCUUCUCGUGAACAUGAUGAUUGCUUUGCUCUCCAAUACGUAUCAGCAGGUUCAGGUACUUAACAGAUCCCUUUUUUUUUUUUUUUUUGUAUUUUAUUAAUUUUUAUUAAUUCAAAGUUACAUACAUUUUUCAUAAACAAACAUAAUUCACAUAAACAGACAGACACGGUACAUCAUAUAUCUACAUACACAACCCGCAGUUCCUCUUAGCUCUCCUCGGCUUCUAAAUAUAAUACUAGUACAGCGCAGCAACAAACAUGAGAUUCUAUAUCAUCUAAUAAUUUUUUUUUUGUACUUGUCCCAUUUCAUAUUAUGAGCUUUUAGCUUAUUAUUUGAUUUUGCGAUCAUAGUCUCGAGUUGGUGGAUCGUUUUAAUUUUGAGGUUUAAUACUUUAAUUGAAGGAAGAGAUUUGUUCUGUCGGCAAGAAUAUAAAUACUGUUUGGCAAUUAUUAAAAUAUGAUUGAUUAAUAAUUCGUCUUCGCACCUUAAAAUACCAAACAUUAUAUCUUUUUCAGAGAGGUGUUUUAUCUUUACGCCUUGAUUAUCGAACCACUUUAUUACCUCAGCCCAGAAAUCCUUUGUAUAACGACAAGAAAUAAAAAAAUGCUUCAAGGAUUCGUUCAUUUCGCCACAGAAGGAACACGCCGGGGAUGGAAUAAUACCAAUUUUGUUUAAAAAAGAAUUUGUGAUAAGACACUUGUUGAGUAGUUUAUACUGGAAUUCACGCGAUUUUGUGUCCAAGGAAGUACGAAAUGGCAAGCUGUAAAUCUCUUUCCAUUCUAAAACAUCAUUAACAAAAUGAGUCUUAAAAUUCAGUUGGGCAGUCGGUGGAGUGAUGAUUCUAUUUCGAAGUUCUUUAUAUAUAGUCUUUGAAAUGACUGUUUCAAUUAAAACGUUUUUGUCAUUAAAACUUAAUUUAAUUUCGUUAUACAAAUUGAAAGGCUCGUCAGCUGUAGAAGCAAGCGUGUUUAAUGAUUCACGCCAUUCAACUGGUAAGGCGUCUAUUACAGAAAUAAGUCUAAAUAUAUCUAACGGCGAGGUGUUUAAUUCUCUCAACUUGUAAUUACUUUUAACAAUAAAUUCGUUAUUGUCCGAGAUUAGAUCCCCUAUUCGAAGAAAUCCUUUUUCUGCGAGAUUUUUAAAAUACACAGAUUUGCCACCGAUACAAAUAAAUUUAUUAUUCCACACAAUAGCUUUUGAAAGAUCUUGUCUAUUUUGAUCCUGUAUACUUGUGUGAGUUGCUGCGGAACAUUUUGCGAAACUUUUAAAGCAUUCUUCAUAAAAUGCUGGAAGCUUUAUGGGCAAUUUCUUCAAAUCAAAAUCGCAACAUAAAAUAAGUUUACCCCCCACAGGUUCAAGGUAAUGCAGUACAAUUUUUUUCCAAUUGCUCGGUUGAUCGCUUGCCAACUUUUUGCAACAGAGGAUUCUCUGAGUCUCUAUUAUAGAAUCUAAAUCAACAGAUCCCUGCCAUCACGGAAUUAAUUUAUUCUUCUCAUAAUCCAGAAUAAAGAAAAUAUGGGCUUUUUUUCGUAAAAGAUACCAGAUAUUUUUCGUAAAGUUGAUAAGCUACUAUGAUCAAAUAUAGAUCUAUUUUGGCCAACAAUAUUACAACCUAACUGGUUAAAAAGGUUCCACAUCAAACCCGUGUUGUUUCCCUGCCUGAAUGAUGAUCAACCCGAGAGGAGCAGCUCAAGGCUUCCGUUAAUGAUAUUGGGGACCUUAAGCAGUCAGGACGGCAACGCUGAGGAAGAAGUCGAUCGAUAAAAUAGAGCUAUAUUUUUAUUUAGAAUUUCGCAAAUGGCUGGAUGUGUUUAUUGUCUCUUACGGCGCCACACCUCAACUUCAGCUUAACGCAUGUAAGCAGCCUUUAGUUAAAAAGAGAAACUUGCCGGGAAAAUUUGCCGUCGAGGUUCCACUCUUAGACCACGCAAAUUUUGGUGAUUUCACGUCGUUGGCUAAGAAAUGUAGACAGUUUUAAAACGCAUGUGCUGAGCUAUUGUUUACUAGAUCUUUCGUUGACCCAUACGUUGCCGUUGGCAUUGUGGCUUGCUUAAGUUCCCUAUUCCUUUUGUGAGACGCGUCCGCAAUUGGAUUCAUAGUUUUUUAAUUCAAAUUUCGAGGAGUUUUUUUGUAAACAAAAAUGAUAUAGAAUUUUGUUUCUUGUGUACGAUAUGACAUAGUUUUUCUCCUGCUGAGGAAGUGACGCCUGUUAUUCCUAUUUGCUGGUACCUCCUUAAAGGCUGUUAAGUCCCUCUUUGUGUCUCUAGGAUAAUUCACUGCAGGAGUGGUCUUUCAAGAGAGCCAUUACUGUCAGGACUUACAGCACCAAUCAUCCAAUACCAGUGCCUUUCAACAUUUUGUCUCUCUCACUGAUGUUACUCCGGUACAUCCUUUUGAGGAGUCCAUGCUGCAGAUCGUCUUAUACUCCUGCUUUGGAUGAGGCAGGACGGGUAAGCUGGUAACGCUGUGCUAAUUAACUUUGUGAGUUUUUAAAAGAGCCACUGUUGUUGAGAGUUAUCGUUUAUGUCCACUCAGUUAUUUUUCUUUGCUUUUGAUUUGAAAUUUCUUUGAUUCGAUAGAGUAGAACCCUGGAUACACUGGUGAAGAACCUAGAAAAAAGAUACUUUGAGAAGUACGGUUAUGAAUUUCCCCUCACAGGUAGGGUGAUAUGCUAGAUUUGUUAAUAGCCUCACAUUUAUGAUUCGGUCAUAAAACAAACUAAAGAAGGUGCGAAAGAGCUGUUGUCCUACCAAAACCAGCAAGGGUAUUAUUGAACGAAUAUUUCUGGAGAAUUUCAAACUAUUUAGGAUAAGAAUAAAAAAGACGCGUAUCGUGAUUGUUUCAGGCCUUAGUUUCACGACUGCUCAGGUAGUGUUCAUUACUGGGAUGAUCACUUUCAUAUUCAUUUCUUGAUCCGCGUAUCUCAUAUAUAACUUUCAUAUAUUCAGUCAUUUGCAAUGAUUUUGUUAACACCAUUCAAAACAGGCCAAGUUAAUAGGGUAGUUUCCUAUAUUUGUUUAGAGGAGAAAAAGGUGGAUCACUUGGUAAAGCAAAAUGAAGGAGGUAGGAAAAUGACUAAUCAGAUUGUACGGGAAAUAUUCCGACCGCGUGGAAACAAGGAGGAGAAACUUGCGUUUGGACAAGGAGUAAGUGUUUUUCAGGCCUAAAUUCACUUCUUAAGGAACAGUUUCCCCACCACACUCUGUAGAUCUUGCUACACCAGGAAAUACCUUUGUUACAUUUUUAUUUUACACAAAAAUUCUUCCUUCAUGCAAAUUUAAAUGUGAACGGAGAAAAUUACUGAAUACACUUUGUAACAUAUUUUCUCUCUCCCCUUGAGGCUUUAUAAGUAGAUUUGGGAUGUGUGUGGUUGUGAGUACUUACAAUGAUGUUCAACUUAAAUUAAUUAUUUUGAUUAUGACAUAAAAAUCUUGUAAAAGAUAUGUGAGCAUAUAGUUAUACACAACUACUUUUGCAGAGUUGUGAAAUUAUUUCUGUGUGUCAAUCUCUUUGUCUCGCUUUUGUAAAGAUAUCUCAUGUAACUGAAGUUUCGUUCGAUCAUACCGCUGGGGAAAAAUGUCAUCGCCGACAAUUUGCCGAAUGAAUCCGAAUCAAGCCGAGUAAAAGCUCGUGAUACUAAAUAGAAAAGUCCCCAAGGAUGGAUAACAAAAGGCCCAUUGUAUUAAAAAAUCCCAACCAUAACAAUAGGCAAAGUUUGAUAUGUUGUUUUAAGGCGUGGUAUGAUUCGCCGGGAAUCGCUGUGGAUGGCUGUCUCCUAACUUACAUGGGACCUGAUUUCUGCAAAAAAUGCAAAGAUGGAAAUCUUAACGACACUCACAGUGCCAUAUUCAAGUCUCCCUUUACACCAGAGACACCACGAUUUGAGGUGAGGUUUUGUUUUACACAUACAUACAUACCAUACACCCACGCAUACACACAUGCAGACAGAGAGAAAGACAGAAAGACAAACAGACGGACAGACCGAUAGACAGAUAGACAGAUAAAUAGACAGACAGACAGAAAGAUAGACAGAUAGACAGACAGACAGGCAGGUAGCUAGAUAGACAGAUAGACAGAUAGACCGAUAGAUAGAGAGAUAGACAGAUAGAUAGACAGACAUACAUACAUCCAUAGUUUAUUGUAUAGACCCCCCCCCCUCCUUCAUAAUUUCUGCUACACGGUAAAAUCUCUGGAAAAGCAACAUAAGUACACCUCUUUUUGAAAGCCCAGGCGCUAGUUACCUUUCUUUUGUAAGCGCUCUUCCUCGUUUCUAUUUUGGUGAACUACUAUACUUACUUUUAAAGAGUGAACUGUGAGCUUCGCGAGGUCUCCAUAAUAGAAAGACUAGACCGUCAUCGUUUUGCAGGUACUCAUUCAGAGAACUGGAGAGAGGCGUUUCAUUGCACUAGGUGCCGUGGAUAAGGAUUACGACUGUCACAAAAUGCCUGGUUGGUAUAAUGGAACAGUUGGUUACCACGUAGACGAUGGCAAAAUAUUUGACAGUAAAUGCCCUGAAAUGGGAAGAGAGAUCGAAGGUAUGGGUUACUUUGACCGCAGGUCACGUAUUUACUAAAAUGUUUACGGAGGUUUCGUCCCAUUACAAUCUUUGUGAGGUCUCCCCUCGUAGCAAGACGAGUUCGCCCUAAAUCUUUCAACUCGUUUUCUGAUGGAGAAGGCUAGAGUUCAAAAGCACGAUAAGUCAUUGUGAAAUGCUGGGCGCAACGACGCAGGAGUGCGAGUAUCAAACUACAACAUACGUAUGUUGGUUAUUGCUUUCGAAUGUAUGUGGCCUCCUAAAGAAGCCGUUUUAGUCUAGUUUGUUCAUAAAAGUAUUUCCUGAAAUUUGCUAUGAACGCUGGCAUAAAUGGCGUCAACCACGUUAAAUAAAGUCCGGAGUAAUGCAGCGGCUUUGCAUCACUUGUUCGGUAGUCGUGCAUCAUUUCACACGGCUGAUAAUUUGUAUGUUGGUCGAACUUUGUUAUGGUUUUGCUGUGAAAUCAGUUCAUGUUGAUUGAUGUAAAUUAAGAUUUCAAAAAAAUAUGUUCUACCGUAAGGAGACAUGUUGAAAGAUUUUAGGGAUGAACUGGUAAAAGUGGGAGCGUGCACGUCUUACGGCAGGGGGCAAACUCAUGCAAAGACGUUUUAGGGGCGAAUUUGCAAUGAGGUAAAAUUACCAGUUACCGAUUAACAAGGUUCUGAAGGCACUUGAAAACGCCUUCAAGGCUUUACUGUCCUCCUUAAUCCCACCUUGGAACAAUAAACAUCUGAUUUCACAGAAGAAAAAGAUUCAGAAAUGUUAGAUUGUAAACGUUAGGGGGUUCAGUUUGAAUUUCACUCAAUGUUGUUACACCUUUGGUUAACUUUGUUUAAUUUGUCCUCUUUUUGCUAUGUUCUAAAUACCUUAUGUUGAUGACUUAGGAGCCAUGGCUUAUCGCGGCGAUCUCAUCGCCUGUGAAGUUGAUUUUAAAGGAGUCCGUAAGGAUAGAGUCCCUGUGUUGUUCUCCUUGAACGGUAAAGAAGUAGGGCGUUCUUCAGUAAAGUACACCUCAGGACAACUACUAUAUCCCUUGGUAUCAUUGGGAUUUCCGGGCAUUAAAGUGCUGGCCAAGGUAUGUCCGAAAGAGGGGGGGGGGAGGGUGGGGGAGGGGGAGGGUGAUGGGCUAGAAAUCAAAGCUGUAUAUGGUUUGGCUUCAUUAGUGAUAUGCUAACAUAGGGCAUAGACACACAUAACUUAAACACUUUUUGUUAAUUAUAAACAGGGCGAAUAAUUAAUUCCAAAGUCUGAGAGCUGCUACAUAAAGAGCUCCCUUGCCACAUAUUUCUAAUUGGCAGCGGGAAAAAUCCCUUGAGGCCAGAGGAGCGUGCUGAGGUAUGAUGAUUGACCAGGCAAAGGAGGCAUAAAUCUCACUUCAUAUUACUUACGUUAUGCACACAUAUCCAUGUUCCAUAGUUGUUGACAUAAUAGUUCAUACUUCACAAAUAUGUCCAUCGCCAUCUUAUUUUCUUCGUCAAAUUUUAGCGAUUUCUUUUUUUUAUUUUGAGACGUACAAUUUCCUCACGUUUCAGAUGUGCUAUCGUGAUAGAGACCGUUUCGGUAGAGUAACAAAUGAAGACCUUCAGGAUCAACUUGCCGACCUUAGGAGGAUGUUGGUGGAUCUGAGAGAAGGAAGUAAGGGAGAAAGAAGAGCCAGGAAAAGUUUUUAAGAAACAAUUCUAUAUUAGGUGACGAUGUAAAAUCGUGCACUUUGAUGGAUCAGGGAGUUAACCAGCUAUAAUCCUGCAGCUUUAUUUUCGAUAUUUUUCUCUCUUCAUUACUGAUUUUUUUCAAUGGAAGGAGGAAAAUAAAGAAGAAUGUAAU